CUGUGUUUCGAAUUAUCGAUAUCUUCUACGUUUGCUUUUGUUACUCUUUCCUUUCCCUCGUAAGGUACAUCUUUCUCUCUCUCUCUCUCUGAUCUUUUAGGAUUCAAUGUGUUUGUUUCCAUGUUGUGGCUUAUGAAUUGUAUGCGGUAUUUGGAGUUUUUUUCCUGAAGGGUAGCCCUUGAAUUUGGGGUGCCAUUUUGUGUUGGACUUGUGCAUGUUUUAAAUUUUGAAUUUUGAUGUUGGGUUCUUGAUUGUGUGGAACCCCAUUAGGGAAAAAAAAAGUCUGGUUUUCUGUUUUCAAAUUGUAAACUUUUUAUUAGGGGCUUUAAAUGGACGCGUUUCUUGGAAAAGGGUCAUUGCAUUUUUUGUGGUAGAUGUGGGUACUGAAUUGUUGUUUUAUUGUUUUCUUUUAUCAAAUAUGUUUUUUUUAUUAUUAUUAUUAUCUUGGUGUCUUUUCACAAGAUGAGAGAGAAGGGGGGAUUAAUCCUUGUUGUCAUCUUGUUUUUAAGUGUGUUCUCAUGGAAUUCUUAUAAUGAUGGAAAUAUUGAGGGUUUGAUUUGAGAUUGAGAAAAUGGGGUUGGAAGAGUGCUAGGAAUUGACGUGUCUUGAUGUGCCUGUUUCUCAGUAGGAGACAAUCCUCGUGAUUUUGCUAUGUUUUUCACAUGCUUAGUCAAUAAAGGUAUCUCUUCUUUGGUUGUUUCCAUAAGCCUCUUAUCAAGCUUCAUUAUUGAUUCUAUUGGACUAUUUGCAACAGUACUAAAAAGGAUCCACUCUUUCAAGUGAUUGCGGCUGAUUAAUUCUACAUUGAACUGCUGUAAAUGGCUGAGGAGGGUCAAAGGGUUUCUCUAAAUGUUUAUGAUCUAAGCCAAGGACUUGCUCGACAGCUUUCAACUUCAUUUUUGGGGAAAGCUAUUGAAGGCAUAUGGCACACAGGAAUUGUGGUUUAUGGUAAUGAGUAUUACUUUGGUGGGGGCAUACAACAUUGUCGUUCUGGAUCAACACCUUAUGGAACUCCACUUAGAGUGGUAGAUUUAGGUGUCACACAUGUGCCCAAGGAUGUCUUUGAAAUGUAUUUGCAGGAAAUCAGCCCGCGGUACACAGCUGAAUCCUAUAGUUUGCUUACCCACAAUUGCAACAAUUUUACCAAUGAAGUUGCCCAAUUUUUGGUGGGUGCAACCAUUCCUGAAUAUAUUCUACAGCUUCCUAAUGAAGUUAUGAGCAGCCCAAUGGGGGCUCUUAUAUUGCCCAUGAUACAGAACUUAGAGACAACAUUGAAAUCUGGUGGAGUACCCCAAAUGCCCCAUAUUAGGCCUUCUACAGUGAGUCCUUUAAGUUCUGCUUCAGUAAAACCCCAAAAUAAUUCCAGUGCUCCUAAGACAAAGAUGUAUAGCUCUAAGCCAGCAGCAGGAGGAGGAGAACCACAACAAUCCUCUUCACAUAACGAGGCCAGAGGAGAUCCUCUUGCCAAUGCACGUAUCCUUGUUCAAGAUGAGAUAUUGAAAGAGUUUGCUUCAAUUAUGGCAAGUGGGACAAUGCGUGCUAGUGAGGCAGCAGCACUUGCCACUAAAAGAGUCAUGGAAAAAUAUGGCCACACUGCUGUUUCACAGAGUUAGCAUCUCUUUUAUUACUGAUAUUUGAUAAAAUUGUGAUUUUAACAAUGGUUAUGAAUUAAAAUUGCAUCUGAUUGUAAGGUGUGAAAUCAUUGACUUCUGCCUGUUUUUUGUUUUUUAAUUUUGUAUUAAAAUAUUACUUUAGGGUGUAAAUUCGUUGACCUAUGUGAAGGAUUCAAUGAAUCUGGCUGUGUUAAA